ACGAACGAAUGAAGAUUACCGCGCUCGAAGUACUCUACAACCGCCGACAAUAGCGGACCAGUUGGCAGUUGGCCGCCAUCAUCCGGUCGCGGUGUGUAUAUUGGUGCCCGAGCCACGGCUACUCGGCUACUUAACGUUGCGGUGCCAGGUGCUGUCGCUUUGGUCUGUGGUGUACCUACACACCCCUAGAGAGUCUGUGUCUGCCGCCUGUGCGCGUUGUGUAGUGGCAUCAACUCAAUCUACGGAGCAGCCAAAUCCUUCCGGCGGAAUCAUGGAUGUGGCGGAAGAAAACAUGAGCAAAGCCGACACUAUCAAACUGCGCCAGAAGUACAUCGGCAAAUCCUGUCAACUGUUUUAUCGUGCCAAUCCACUGAAGAUAGUGCGCGGCCAGGGCCAGUACAUGUACGACGAGCAGGGUGCCCGCUACCUGGACUGCAUCAACAACGUUGCCCACGUGGGGCACUGCCAUCCGAAGGUGGUGGAAGCCGGCGCACGCCAGCUGGCGAUGCUGUCGACCAACAAUCGCUUCCUGCACGACGAGCUGGUCCAGUGUGCCCAAACCCUUGCCCAGAAGAUGCCGGGCCGCCUGUCCGUGUGCUACUUCGUCAACUCCGGCUCGGAAGCCAACGAUCUGGCCCUGCGCCUCGCUCGGCAGCACACAGGACGCCACGAGGUCAUCACGCUCGAUCAUGCCUACCAUGGCCACGUGUCCGCCGUGAUGGAUGUUUCGCCGUACAAGUUCAACCAGCCCGGUGGCGGUCCGAAGCCAGACUUCGUGCAUGUGGCACCGUGCCCGGACGUGUACCGUGGCAAGUACCGGGACUGUGACUACCCGGAGGGCACCGACCUGACCGAGCUGUACGUCGGCGAGGUACAGCGGAUGCUGGAUGGCAGCCCGACCGGGGUGGCCGCCUUCAUUGCCGAGAGUCUGCAGAGCUGCGGUGGCCAGAUCAUCCCGCCACCGGGCUACUUUCGGCGAGUGUACGAGGCGGUACGGAAGGCGGGCGGUGUGACGAUCGCGGACGAGGUGCAGGUGGGAUUCGGGCGGAUCGGCAGCCACUACUGGGCGUUCGAGCAGCAGCAGGUCAUCCCGGACAUUGUGACGAUCGCGAAACCGAUGGGCAACGGACAUCCGGUCGGAGCCGUGGUCACGACACCGGAAAUAGCGGAAAGUUUCGCCUCGACGGGUGUUUGUUACUUCAACACCUAUGGUGGGAAUCCCGUUUCCUGUGCCAUUGCGAACGCGGUGCUGCGGGUGAUUGACGAAGAACGGUUGCAGGAAAAUGCUCUUCUGGUGGGCCGCUAUCUUCUCGAGCAGGCGGCAGCCCUCAAGAGCGAGUACGGGUUGGUGGGAGACGUGCGCGGAAUGGGCCUGUUCGUCGGUAUCGAACUGGUGUCGGAUCGCCAGAACCGGGUGCCCGCCACCGACGCCGCCAAGCUCGUGGUCGAGCGGAUGAAAACGAUGCACCGGGUGCUGGUCAGUAGUGACGGGCCGGACGACAACGUAGUGAAGCUGAAGCCCCCGAUGGUGUUCACGAAGGCAAACGUGGACGAGUUUCUUGUGGGUUUCCGCGAAUGCUUAGCGUACCUGCAACAGCAGCAGCAGCAGCAGUCGCUGGUCUUGGAGGCGAAGCAGAUGGCCGUGGUGGCUGAAUCGCAACCGGUGCGUGUUACCCAUUCGCUCGCGACCGGUGGCGUUCUACAGCCCGGUCCCAUCGGUGUUGGCCAGCGUGAUUCGUCCAAUCUCAUCAAAUCGGUCUAGAAGAGACAUAUCUUCCCAGAGCAGCAGCUUCCAUUCCGAAGUAAUUUGUUAUUUGAAUUGUGUUUGUUUUUCUCGCUCAAAAAUACUGCUUUUUUCCGUUGUUAUCUUAUAUGUAUAAGAGGUUAAUUUGCGUCCGAAUGGCACGUCAAACCGUCGAGGAGCCAGAGUGGAGUGUCUAAUCUUUUAAUCGACUUGAGUUAAGCUACAGUUUGUUCGAGUUGAACGGACCAAUAAAACGGUAACGUUGCGCGCGUGUGCGAUGUACGGGAACUCAUUCCAAACGGUAUCCUCAUGGAAAAGUAUGGAAUAGUUAUCAUCUGUUUGUGACUCAGUCUGGGGCUGUAACUGCUCUCCUUUGCAAUCAUGAUUCAUCAUUUAUUUUGUUUUCGCCUAUCAUUUAACCGUCAAGACCAUCUCUGUUAAUAUUCACCUGCUUUUCCAUGGACGUUCUACAGGGUCAGGUUCAUUUAAGAUUCUCUUUUU